AUGGAACUGCCAAAUAUUGGUGAUAGUGAUUACAAUAUGAAAAAAAAUAAUGAUUUGUCAGGAACACUAUCAUCACCACCAAAGGAAAUUGAUGAGGAUGAAGAUGAUGAAAUAGAAUUUGAGGAUUCAGUAAUUAAAUUUGGAUCAAAUUAUAAUGAAUAA